AUGAUUUGUAAGGAGGACGUCGUCAAUUGGUUUAGAGAUCUGAAGAGCUACAAUAGGAUAGAUACCAUGUGCGUCAUGCUAAACAUGUGCCUUCCGUUUGAGCUUCGUUUCCUCGGCACGUAUCUGGAGGAGCUCGGCCGGCGUGACGCACCUGAGUUGCGUGGUGCCGAGCUGAAGGUGAACAACCCGCAGGAGUUCAUAGCGGACAUUGCUUCGGGAGAACCAACUGACCACCGGAUCCGACGCAAGAUGGCCCUGUUUCUUGCAUUAUACCGCGCCUGCAAUCAUACGUACGCCAAUGAGCUGUUUAAAACGCUCGAAGGCUGGGGCGCGAGGACUGAUCUACAGCGUUUGUUCGAAGAAGAUGAUCAGCAGGAGCUAUUGUUAGUGUACAUCAUGGCUACGAAUCAUCCCUUGUUUUCUUUCGAGCAACGGCUGCAUUGCUCAGAGAUCUUUACUAAGCUGAAAUCCUGGGAUCUAAAGGCCUGUCAGAAGCACCUGGAACGGGAUGAUGCUUUGUUAGAUCAGCAUCAUUCACAUCCUCAGCAAAACCAUCAGCACGGGCAACACUCGCAUCUUCAGCAGCAGCCACAAUCGCAGCAUCACUCGAUGGAUUCGUUGCAUAGUAACAGUCCCCAGCAAUCGCCAAUGCAACAGCAACCGCACCAUCAACAACAUCAAACGCAACCGCAUCAUCUCCAGAACUCAACACCUCCACCUUCUGUUCCUCCGCCUGGAACCAUCCACGCGCUACCACCAAAUGCGACCAAUUCCAUGCAGAAUCUUCAACAAGGCUCUGCGCUCGGUCAACCGGUGACGAGUUACACCGGCUUACCAGGAAUAACGCAGACGAUUUCAAAUGAUGCCCUAACAACCUUACAUUAUCUGGAAGCGUUACAUCCGUUGCCAGUGCAGCCCGAUUUCACAAUUCCUCCCCCAGGUCCACCGACUGGGAACGUAUCGUCGCGUUGGGUUCAUUGCGUUUAUCCACAGUUAGCUUAUCCACCGCCAUCGUCUUCGCCGCACAUGAGCAAUCCAUCCUCGCCAAUUCAAAGCCGCACGACAAGUCCCACACGAAUUCACUCCAGCAGUGUACAGCAUCGCAUCAGCAGAAAUCAGCAAAACGAUCAGCAGCAACAACAACAGCAGAAUCAGUCACAAUUGCAAAGCUUGAAGCCUGUGGAUGAGGAUCAGACGUUGGUGAUGUUUAGUCAAAUGCAGUUACGAAACGGCAUGCGGCAAAUGCAUAAUACUUUGCCGCGACAAUCGAAGCAAAGCUACGUCAAUCAGAUUCCACCAUAUCAUCACCAACAGCAGCAUCAUUCACAGAGGGAUGGCGGAGGAAGUUCGAGUUAUCACUCAAUGAAUUACAACGUAAAGGGAGGCACCGGCAUGAUGAUGGACAUUAUGAACCAUCAGCCGAAUUCAACUGGCAGUGACUCGGGUAGCUCGAUCGGUUCAACAGGUGACGUGUCUCCUCCCGAAACGCCCGGGGUUGUCUCGGUAAGCACCACAUCAAUCCCGCACAUUCGCUCUAAUCGGUCAAAUAACAUGCGCAAUGUAAAUGGACGGCUUGAGAAGCAGCUUCCGUCGAUGACGUAUUCGCAGCUUCAUCAACAACACCAACAAGCUGUUGCACAGCAGCAACAGCAACAGCAGCAACAACAGUUUGUUGGCUCUGAUUUAAUGGUGACGAGUGCGGCGCAGAAUUUUCUAACCACCGGCACGACUAAUGGUGCUGCGAUGAGCAGCACUGGCAACAAUGGGGCCAGCGGCAGUGGCGUUGUGUCGGGACAGGUGUUGCUUACUCAAGCUGCUGCCGCCGUUGCCCAACAGCAGGGUCAGUUUGUGUAUGCAGGAGGUCCAACUUCUUUUGCACCGGUAACGACUGUCUCCCAUCGACCAGUGGCAAACACAACCCUUCCUCACGCAACGGCAUUCCGGACCCCACCAGUCUACGCUCAAGCGAUCCAGCAACAGCAAACGACAGAACCGGUACUCUACCAAUACCAUCCGUCGGCGGUGGUGGCUGCUGGUGCAGCAGGGCAGGCUGUUGUGCCAAAUAGUACGAUAACCUUCAUGUCAGCACCGCCGCAGCCUUCCUCGACAGCGGCUAGUACGCAGACUAGCUUGCCGGGAGCGGUUCGAUCGUCACCAUCACCGCAGAUCGGCUUGUUACAACAGACCAAGGUACCGGGAAGCGGUGUUGGAGUCUAUGGAACGACAACGUUACCCUAUACUGGCACCGCUGCCCCUUCCUGUUACAAUUGUGGUUCGCUAAAGCACACCGGCUUAGAUUGCCCGGAGGCGUCUAUGGAGGAUAUGACUCGAACGUCAAACUUUACGCUUGACUACAACACUGCUACGUCGCCGGGAACAGUAACGACACCGACGACCAAUAUCACGAUACCGACACUGACGGGAGGAUCAUUAAACACCAAUAACAACACAACGACGGGAGCUGGUAUAGGCGGUUCUUCGGAUCUUUCUUCGAUAGCCGUGAAUUUGGCAACGGGAGAGAGCAACACCAGUAGUAGCAGCAGCAGUAGUACGAGCAAUAGUAGUAACGGUAAUAAAAGCAACAACAGUACCACCCUCAGCAGCAAUUUGAUCAGUGCCAGUAGCAACAGCAACAGUAGUACCAACAACAACAAUCAUCACGCCUCCACUCACGGAAAUAGUGGCAGCAUGAGCAGCAGCAACAGUAACAGCAACAACAGCUCCAUGGAUGUUCCCAUGACGCGAUCCCUGUCAAGUACUAUGCUGCCGGCAGAUACGAGCAGCACUAGUAGCAACAAUGGAACUGGGGGUACCAGUAGUGGUAGUAAUAAUAGUAGCAAUCUCGUUAGUGCUAGCGGUAAGUGA